AUGGCUCUCACGGCUACUAGUGUCUUUUUUACCGUCGCUGCCGGAACAUGUACAAUACUGUCUACUACUGCUGGCGCUACUGCAAUUGCUGUGACAGAAGCCUCGAACCCCCGCCUCAACGAAUGUCGUGAAAUUCUUCACGAGGCCAUGAAUAUAUUGGAUGCCUUAUUGAAGGAGAGCGACAUAGAUAUUUCCGACAGGCUCGUCCGCCAGCUCAGAUAUAGGCACGAGACGCUCACCGCUUCUGUUGGUCAUUUACAGAAGUAUUGUGCUAGAACACAUUUUUAUAACGCGGUGGCCAAGCUCACGAUCAUUUUCCAAACCCGUACUCUCCGCUCUAACUGCGUGGAACUGUGCGGUAGGGUCAAGAGCACAUCGGAUAUCGCAAGAAAUAAGCGCAUGGGCAACGGCAGUCUUCAGCUCCAUCGGACGUCAUCGAAUUACUCUCUGAUCACCAUUACUUCCCAUGACGGCGUACCUGUGGCCGUCGAAUCAGACCCCUCCGAUAUUCCACUCACUGUUCUUCGUGAGUUGGAGGCUAUGGACGCGUCUACAGCCGCCGCUGGCGAUACCACACUUGCCGUCGUAGCUGAGGAAGCAGCCGAGGGACAAACAGCAGACGAAGUCGACGUUACCGAUUCUGAUGGCACUUCAAACCAUGACGGAAGCCUCACCGUUGUAGGAAUCGUUGUCCAGAGCAAUCAAGAGCAAUCCGGCAAUGUCGAGGUGCCUCCUGACAGUGCCCAAGGCGAACAAAAGGAUGUCACCAAAAGUUCUUCUGAGGGCGCCUGA